UGAAACGCGGUCAGAGCCUUCAGCCUCCCCGCGCAGCCUCGCCCUCGUGUUUGACUGCUUGCUGUUUCCCAGCCGGCCACGGUCAUCCAGGAGGCCGGCCAAAUUGUACAUCGACCUAAAGGUGGUUUCAUGGCAGCCGCGAAGAAAGCAGUUUUGGGGCCGUUGGUGGGGGCAGUGGACCAGGGUACCAGCUCGACACGUUUUUUGGUUUUCAAUUCAAAAACAGCUGAACUUCUUAGUCAUCAUCAAGUGGAAAUAAAACAGGAAUUCCCAAGAGAAGGAUGGGUAGAACAAGACCCAAAGGAAAUUCUUCAGUCUGUCUAUGAGUGUAUAGAGAAAACAUGCGAGAAACUUGGACAGCUCAAUAUCGAUAUUUCCAACAUAAAAGCUAUUGGUGUUAGCAACCAGAGGGAAACCACCGUAGUCUGGGACAAAUUAACUGGAGAACCUCUCUACAAUGCUGUGGCUGCUCCAGUUUCUCCUGAUUCUUCAGUUCCAGUUGCCGUUGUUCCCUCUGGCUCUUCAGUUCCAGCUGCUGGUACUUCCUCAGUGUGGCUUGAUCUAAGAACCCAGUCUACUGUUGAGAAUCUUAGUAAAAGAAUUCCAGGAAAUAAUAACUUUGUCAAGUCCAAGACAGGACUUCCACUUAGCACUUACUUCAGUGCAGUGAAACUUCGUUGGCUCCUUGACAAUGUGAAAAAAGUGCAAAAGGCUGUGGAAGAAAAUAGAGCUCUUUUUGGAACCAUUGAUUCAUGGCUUAUUUGGAGUCUGACAGGAGGAGUCAAUGGUGGUGUCCACUGUACUGAUGUAACGAAUGCAAGUAGGACAAUGCUUUUCAACAUUCAUUCUUUAGAAUGGGAUAAAGAGCUCUGCGAAUUUUUUGGAAUUCCAAUGGAAAUUCUUCCAAAUGUCCGGAGUUCUUCUGAGAUCUAUGGCUUAAUGAAAGCCGGGGCUUUGGAAGGUGUGCCAAUAUCUGGGUGUUUGGGAGACCAAUCUGCUGCUUUAGUAGGACAAAUGUGUUUCCAGGAUGGACAAGCUAAAAACACGUAUGGAACAGGAUGUUUCUUGUUAUGUAACACAGGCCAUAAGUGUGUAUUUUCUGAGCACGGCCUUCUGACCACUGUGGCUUACAAACUUGGCAGGGACAAACCAGUUUAUUAUGCAUUGGAAGGUUCUGUAGCUAUUGCUGGUGCUGUUAUUCGCUGGCUAAGAGACAAUCUUGGAAUCAUUAAGAGCUCAGAGGAAAUUGAAAAACUUGCUAAAGAAGUUGGCACUUCUUAUGGCUGCUACUUUGUUCCAGCAUUUUCAGGAUUGUAUGCACCUUACUGGGAACCCAGUGCAAGAGGGAUAAUCUGUGGACUCACCCAGUUCACCAAUAAAUGUCACAUUGCUUUUGCUGCCUUGGAAGCUGUUUGUUUCCAAACCCGAGAGAUUUUGGAUGCCAUGAAUCGUGACUGUGGAAUUCCAUUGAGCCAUCUGCAGGUAGACGGAGGCAUGACCAGCAACAAAAUUCUUAUGCAGCUUCAGGCAGAUAUUCUGUAUAUUCCAGUAGUGAAGCCCUCUAUGCCUGAAACAACUGCCCUAGGAGCUGCUAUGGCAGCUGGCGCUGCAGAAGGAGUUGGUGUUUGGAGUCUCGAACCUGAGGAUUUGUCAGCUGUCACAAUGGAGCGGUUUGAACCACAGAUCAAUGAAGAGGAAAGUGAAAUUCGUUACUCUACAUGGAAGAAAGCUGUGAUGAAGUCAAUCGGUUGGGUUACAACUCAAUCUCCAGAAAGUGGUCUCCCAUAAAUAAGGCCACCUCCUGUAUUCCCAAGAUGCAAGCUUUUGACCUAAUGAGAGAAUGCAACAAUUCUAUCUCUUGAUAUGAUCACACUAUUCACACACUCCGAUUUGAUUUCUAAGCCACUAGCUGCAUGAUUCUCCAAGGAGACCUGUGGCUUGAAAUAAAGAAAAUGCAGCAGAACAAAUGCCACAGAAACAUUCAGUGUAUUUUUUAACAUGGACAACUAAGUUGGGCCAGCCACCUUGGCGGCUGACUCCUCCAUGGUAAUAAUGUCCUACCCCACUCCCU